AUGUAUUCAAAGAACUUAAUUGAUUCUGAUUUUCAAUCUAAUGUUAUAAAUUAAGAAUUGAAACCAUUUGUAUAGAAAAUCUAAGAUAGAUAAAAAAGAAUAUAUGAGUUAUCAAAACAACUAGAAGAAAAUAUUUAGAAAUCAUUAUCAAUAAAUUCCAUUAUUUUUGAAAGAGAAUUGAGAAAUAAACAAAAAGAAAUGAGAAAAAUUAAAUUGGAAAAUGAAAAAAGAGUGACUAAAAUUAAAAAAGAAUAUGAUCUUAGUGAAAAUUCAAACCUAUCAAAACUAUUACAAAAAUAAUAAGAAUAUAUUUCAAAUUAUGAAUAAUUAUAUUAAGAAGAGAUUCAUUUUAUUAAAUUUAUAGAUUAAUAAACUAAAAAUAGUAGUUACUAUACAGUUAUACAUUCUAUAUUAAAUGAUAGUUUAAUAUUUUCUGGAUAAAAAUUAGAUAAUUCAAGUGUUUUAGAAUAUUUAACAGGAUAGAAUAAACAUAAAAUUCCAAAUUUUCAUAGUUCUAUUAAAUAAAUCAUUUAAUAAUUAUAAAAUAUUGAAGAAAAUUUAUAGGUAAUACUUAAUUCUAAUAAUCAUGAUUCUCAAUUAUUGUUACUAUAAUAAUCAUUAUCAAAUUUUAUUAAUAUUCUUAAAACUACUUAAACUCAAAUAGAUGAACUAUUAUUGGAAAUGGAAUUAAUCUAAAAAGAAAUAUAAGAUUCAGAUAAAAUUAGAAAAAAUAAUAUUAUAUUAAUAUAAUCAAUAAUUAAAGAAAAUUAAGAUUAAAAAGAAUUAGAAAUUUAAGAAUAUAUCAAAAUGAAUGAUAAUUUGAUAAAGCAACUUUUCUCUUCUAUUGAAAUAAAUAGAAAGUAUUCAAUAUUUUAAUAAUAAUCAAAUGAAGAUCUCUAAAAAUUAUCUUAAUUAUCAGAAAUUCAAUUAUAAAAUAAAUUCUAAGUAGAAAAUAAAAAAUAAAAUAAAUAAGGCUUUGUUUAAUUAAAAAAAGUGCCAACCGUACUUUUAUCAAGAACAAGAAUUUACUCUGAUCAUAAAAAAGAUCUCAAUGAUAUAUUAAAUUUAUCAAAUGAUUAAUCUUUAGAGAUGGCAGGUAGAAGAGAUAUAAUGGCAAAAGAGUCAUCAUUUCUUUAUUAAUCUUAAUAAACUAUAAAUACUGAAAAAGUAAUAGUUAAUUCAGUUUUAUCAAAAUAAUUUUCACAGAUUUAUACAUAAAGUCCGAAUAGUACAAAAUAUAUUGAAAAGAAGUCUCAUUAUAUUCCUCAUAAUACUACUUAUAAAACUAUUGCACAUUCUGAUAAAAAAACAGCAUUACCUUUGAAAUGUGCUUGUCCUCCAUAAUGUUUAUGUUCUGCAUAAACUAUUAUGUAGAUUCAUCAAUGUAAUUGUUAACUUUAUAUCAAUUCAAGAGGUUAUAUUAUGUGUUAAUAAUGUUAAUUUUCAUAAUAAAUUUAAGAUUAUGGAUUCUAUUGUCCUUAAAAUAGGUAGAAAAAUAAAUUUAAAAAUUAUUAAGAUUUUUUUAUUUCAUUUUGGUCACAUCUUACAACUUUAACAGUUAAUGAACAAAUUGUUGAAUUUUGGGAAAAUUUAUAAGUAAAUUGUUAACAAUAAUGGAUUUAAUAUAAAUAAAUAGAUUUUAAUGAUUUAACAGAUGAAGUCAGUUUUAUGAAUUUUAUUGCAUAUUGUCCUUUAAAUAGUAAAUGCUAUCACAAAACUAGUUAACAAUAAAUUCAUUUUUGUUAAAGUCCAUUAAUUAUUAGUUCAUUAGGAGAAUUAGUUUGUAAGAAAUGUAAUUUUUUUGGAAGUCUUUAAUUUCAUUUUAUAUAAUGUCCAGAAUAAAAGGAAUUCUAUUUUUAUCAGAAUGUAGAUUUAUUUCUCAAUUCAAUUGAUCUAAAUCAUUCAAACUUUGAAUCUGAAAAACAAAAUUAAGAAUUUUUGUAAAAACUAAGAAAAAAUUUAAUAAAGAAAUGGAAAUGA